AAACGAGUUCGCUUGCCUUUUUUUUGGGUCAAAACAGAUUCAAAAGUUAACAGGAAAUUGACUGUACAAGCAAAAGUAUAAGGUCUGAGCUCUUAGGCCUCAACAGUACUUAAAACAUCGCACAUAUAAACUCUCAAUAUCUUAAUUAAUAGAACUCACAUGUCUCAGGCCCGAUUUCCACAAUUAAACUGAAAAAGAUCUUUGGUGUAUAUACAUUUUACAGGUUUUUCUGCCUUUAACCACUAGAGAUUUGUUGAAUGUCUAUAAAAUUUUUUUUUCCUCUCAUCCUUUGUAAACAUCUACGAGUCUCCUGAGGCCACAGAUAUGUUCCAGAGUCCAGACAGAACUAGACGACUUUGUAUCAAUUAAAGCACAAGCUUGGUUUUCUUAAUUUAUUAUUUUUAACAAAUAGAAAGUUUUACGCCAGACAUCAUUAGUCACAAGGUAGUCCAUUCCCUCCACACAUUGCCAAUCGUCACUCUUAUCACCUUACCUUUUAGCUACUUACAAGUUCCAACUGCCUUUAAAAAUCAGACCGAAGCCCAUCAAUGUGAAUUGUCCAAUCUAUAAAACUCUUUUAACUUAUCUAUCAGAACUCCAAAAGCUACCAAAACAACAGAAAAAAAAAAUCGAAAAAAGCAGUUAGAAAAUGUUGAAGGGUUCGUCCAUGAAGCUUAGUGAGAUCGUAGAAAGAUGGAGGAAGAGGAAGAAGGGUCAUUUUGCAGUCUACACCAAGGAAGGAAAAAGGUUCGUCGUGCCCCUAUGCUAUUUGAAUCAUCCUAUCUUCAGGGUGCUGUUGGAGAUGGCAGAGGAGGAGUUUGGCACAGCAAAUCAUGGGCCAUUGCAAGUUCCAUGUGAGGAAGAAUUGAUGGACUACAUUCUUUCUCUGCUAAGGAAGAAUCCUUCUGAGAAUGUAAACAAAGCUUUAGCGUCCAUGACUACUUGUCAAGGAGCUUCAUUAUCUUCUUUCCUUCCUCUCUUCUAUGCUCAUGGCCAUGGUGAGCGCCAAACUAUGGUCUCAUGAGAUACAACAAAUCUGAAGGCUUUAACAUAUUUGUUGGCUGAGGACACUUUGUACAUAUUGGAUGAGUUUAGGACCCUUUUUUUCUUCUCAGUUCCCCAUCUUUUUCGUAUUUCUAGUUAAGAGCAGAUACAGGGUAUUGAUUAUCUAGCAAUAAAUUCACUUAAAAUAAUUAAACUCCAUAGUCAAUUUACAAUCAUAGCU